AAGACAAAUUAUAACAGUCAUCAUCCCACCAAUCCACUAAGCAUCUGUUGAAUCUGGAAGUGCAAAACUGUGAGAGAUUAUCAAUCUCAAACUCUCAAUCGUCACCACCAUGGCCACAGACUUCAAGUCCAUACCCAUAAUUGAUAUUGGUCCUCUUCUGGCCAAGUGUGAUGAUCCCAACAUGGGUCAAGACCCAGGUGUUGCUCAUGUAGUCAAGCAAUUAGAUCAAGCUUGUAAAGAAGCAGGCUUUUUCUAUGUGAAAGGCCAUGGUAUUCCUGAGACUCUGUUAAAAGAAGUCAAGAAUCUGACCCACAAAUUCUUUGAGCUUCCAUAUGAGGAAAAAACCAAGAUCAAGAUGACUCCCGAAAAAGGGUACAGAGGGUAUCAGAGAAUUGGGGAGAACAUAACCAAAGGUGUACCUGACAUACAUGAAGCAAUUGAUUGCUAUAAAGAAGUGAAACCAGGGAUGUAUGGAGAUCUUGGAAAACCUAUGGAAGGAUGUAACCAAUGGCCAACUAAUCCCCAAAUGUUCAAGAUACUGAUGGAGGAAUAUAUCAGCCUCUGCACAGAACUUUCGAAAAAUAUCAUGCGUGGAAUUGCUUUGGCAUUGGGUGGAUCACCGUACGAAUUUGAAGGUAAAAGAGCUGGUGAUGCAUUUUGGGUGAUGCGUCUCAUUGGUUAUCCAGAGUUAUGCAAUGACAUUGGAUGUGGAGCUCACACGGAUUAUGGUUUGCUGACAUUGGUUAAUCAGGAUGAUGAUAUAAAUGCACUUCAGGUGAGAAACCUGUCGGGCGAGUGGAUAUCAGCACCUCCUGUCCCUGGAACAUUCGUCUGCAAUAUCGGUGACAUGCUAAAGAUUUACUCGAAUGGUUUGUAUGAGUCAACUUUGCAUCAAGUUAUCAACUCUUCCCCGAAAUACAGGGUUUGUGUAGCAUAUUUUUAUGAGACCAACUUUGAUACAGCAGUGGAGCCUUUGGACAUUUGCAAACAGAAGACAGGUGGAACUAAGAAAUUUGAAAGAGCUGUAUAUGGAGAGCAUUUAGUCAGCAAGGUUCAAACAAAUUUCGUUGACUAGUUGAAAUUUAGAGGACCUUAAACUAUCUCAGAUUGGAUUUUAUCGAGUCAAUAACCAGCCCCAUUGUUUGGGGCUUCGUAAAUUUGUAAUCUCAGAAAGGAUUGCAAAAGUUUACAAUUAUUGG